AUGAGGUUUCUCGUCAUACGAUUCAACUAUUGGUUUAAGUUGAUGCACGGGGGCAGCAGCGCCAGCGCCGCCGUUCUCGUGGGACUGCGGCCCGACAGCCCGCGCACGCCCCAGGGGCGAUCCUGGACGUGGAUGGAGGUCGAAGCCGUGCUGGCCUCGUGCCGCAACCCGCAAGACACGUGCUGUUUAGACCCCGAGAAUGGCAAGGCGCAGGAUGGGGUGGGCUCCGUCGCGGGCGGGGCGCUGGAGCUUUGA